GCGAGCUGGCGGGAAACUGACAGAUGGCGCAGUGGUGGUGAACACAUACAAAAAAAAACACAAUAAUAGUAGGUCGUGGACCUAGGACAGUACACAGGGUGACGACAGGGUGCGAGAUAAGGAAUGCAAAGCAAACACGACAACAAGAACACUUCCAAUCACACAAACCAUGUACAGUGCGGAUUGUGAGUUUGUGUGUCAUAGAGCGCAGUGCAUAUUGCAAAACGAAGUGCUUGUACAAGGUUUAUCUUGAUUUUUGGAACUGAUAAGUAACCCCUGCAGAAUGUUUCCAAACAUGCUUCGUGCACUGUUAAUAGUGAUCGCUUUCGGUGCGUCCCGGGCCGGAUUGCUGGACUGGUUUCGUGGCGAGGACGAGCUAGAGGGCCAUCGGAUAGGCAAGAUUCACAUCGAAGUCCUCUCACCGAAAGGCAUUCGGCUGUGGACGGCAUACAACCCCGACACGGAGCUGUUCGGUGUGGAGCUGUACGUGAAGUAUUACGGUGGCCGGACGGAGGCACUCGACUGUGCCCUGUGUCAGAAUGUUACCGAACCGGUGGACGGGAAGUUUAUGCUGGAAGAUCCUAACCUAGUGGCCCGCUUUGGUGAUGUUCUCCAGUACACGAUCAUCACGUUUGACGGCACCACGACGAUGCGUCAUGCCGCAAGACGACAGUUUGUGCGAGAGGAGCUUAUCAAACCGAACGAUCGGUGUUUCUGUGGCGCGCGCAAGCUACCCGAACCGCUCCAAGAUGCACCAAUGUCCGAGGUGGAGCUGCUGGAACGCAUCAUACUACGGGCGUUGGGUAAUCGUAGUCGGGAGUGUGAGGCGAUCUCGAACUGGCUCGUGCUAAGGGCGGAACCUCGCAACGAGCAGGCCGAUUUGCUGGAGUACGUGCGAACCUAUCUGGUGAGAAGCUGA